UUCACUCUCACAGGAAGACAGACUGAGCUGUGUUCACCCACACUUACUCUCUGUCUGGACAGUUCAACAGAGUUUGAUCCGGUUUCUCAUAUGGUAUUUUAAAAUUUCUUGCGUCGAAGCUGCUUUUGUGGACGAGAUGUUGGAGAUGGUCGUGUCGCCAAAAUGAACACAGACUGCACCAAGCCUUCUGUUGCUCCAAAGCCAAGGUUUGUUUGUCACGCCAGCCUGAAGCUGUCCUCCCCUCUCAUGUCUGCAGCCAGGGGUCCCAAACCUUCUAUAGCCCCAAAACCAAAAGUCACACUGGAGCUUAAUGGUAGGGACCUCUUCUUCUCAGGCAGCCAGGGAGGAUGCAUCAACGGCAGCUCGUUAAUGACAGAUGGUGAGCCUGACCAAGAGGCAGAAAAUGGUCUAAACAAAGUGACCGCAGACAGAUUGUCAUCACUGAACCAAUUUAACACCUGCAUCCUUGAGUCACCACGACAAGAUUUGAAAAAUGUGUCACAGAAGGGACUGGAGGUGGCAGAGGAGGAAAAGGAAGAAGACAAGAGUCUGAAGAUGGAUGAGGACUGGAGACUGACUGACAGUGCCUUGACAGAGGAGGUGGACUCACUGGAAACUCUGUGGGUCAGUGAUGCUGGACUCACUGCCAACUCCGAGGAUGUGGUGGAGAUGGUUGACACAGAUGUGACGGAGGACAUGGAUGCUGAAGGUUGUGAUGCAGGCGAGGCAUUGGCUGACACAGAUGGCCUCUCAAUGGGAGACAUUUCGGUCAAUAGCCUUGAUCAGGAGGCAGGUUCUUAUUCUGCUGAAAAAGUGCCUGAGCUGGAGGAUGGAAACACAAAGGAGAGGCAGGAAAGACCCCAAACCAAGGAGGAGGAAACAGGUGACUGGACAGCAGAUGAUUUAACCGAGUCUCUCACAGACGAACCUGCUCUACUCACCAGUGAAAACAUGCAGGACGCUGAUACCCAGGAAAGUUUUCUCACAGAGGGAGAGGAGAAAGAAGAGGAAGCUGCUCCAGACUGCAACAUCACUUGUAACAUCCUGAAGCUGAGGUGUGGCCAUGAAAUUAAGGAAAUGGUUACCAAUGAACAGAAUGUCAGAUUUUAUGAUUUUGUCCCUGAAGACCAGAAAAAGCUCUGUAACACAACUAAGAGACAUGUUGCCUUAGACGAUGAUCAAACCCAAGAGCCUUAUUAUGUCUCUUCAGAGGAUGUUAUGAUCCCAAAAAAUAACAAUACUCAUGGACGACCAGAGAGUCCGCUCACACCACACAGGCUUUUGCCUGUAACCAACGGUGGAGCAUCAACUGGGAAAUAUCAAAUUAGCAGUAAAGACUUCAUGAGUUGUGAAAUAGAAGAAAAUGGGCAAAAACAGUAUGUAUCUUCUGAGAAUUAUGUGGAGAUUGGUCAUAGUGACAAGAACAAGGUAAGAGCAUAUCAAGAAAGGGUGUUGGUGAGAACUGAAGAGCACAAAGCUCAGACUGUGGAGGCUUUGUUGAAUAAUUUGGAUAAUAAUUUGGAUUAUCAGCCGAGGUUCAGGCUGGUAUCCAUCUCAGUGCCAGCAGACACUGACACCUCGCUGACCUCCUCUCUCUCAGAUAGCCAGUUGCUUUCUCCAAAUGACUCUGAUGUCUUCAGAGACGAGGACGAUAUGGAGGGUCACAUAGUACCGUUUGUGGAUGAUACCACUGAUACAGAGCAGGACAUCAGUGAUGAGCAUGUUUAUGAGGAUCCAAGGUAUCCUUCGGGGGGUGAAAAUAUUUUUCCUUUUGACAAGAGGACAGCAGGGAUGCGCUCUGGCUCACUGUCACAGCGCAUGAAUAACAGUGUCAAUGAAAUAGGAGGGGUGCAGUUUGUUCAGAGACCCUGCACGAGUGGAUUCAGCCACACUGGACCUGCAAUGAGCAGCAGCCCCCUGUUAAGCACGAUGCGGCACAAGAGCUACUCCAAACCCCACUAUUUGUCCUUGUACCCCCGCUCCCUCUCCAUGGAGGGGCAGGACAUGCCUCUGUCUGUCUAUAAAGACAGUGAAGGAUCUCCAAGGCAGAGAGGUGCCAUUUGUUCGUCUGGAAGCUUCUCCAGGUGCUCGCCUCUAUCAUCCAGCGGCCUCUCCACACCGACAUCUGUGGUGGAUAUCCCUCCUCCGUUUGAGCUGGCCUACAUCACCAAAAAACCCAUCACAAAAAGCUCCCCCUCACUUCUAAUUGAAGGAGACUCAUCAGAGAAAAACAGGAAGAAGAAAUCCUCCAUUAAGCGCUUCCUGAUGCUCAAGUUUAGGCGGAAAACAGAGAGCAAGUCUGUAGUGGAUGUCAGUCCAUCCUCCUUGAAGUCCUCACCAGAGUCCGGCCACCACAUACCUAGCAGACUGCUGGAUUUAGAUAGUCGCAGCAUAAGUAGUUCUCCACAUCUCAACUCACGUUCUGCCAGUAAAGGUUCAAUUGAGCCAGCCUCGUCCUUCUUGUUCUACAAGGAAAGCAAAACGAAAGGGAACUCUGUGGCCUUUCUUAACCGCAGUGUCGUCCGGGUUGAGUCCUUUGAGGACCGCUCCCGUGUGCCUUUCAUACCUCUUCCCCUCACCAAGCCCCGCUCCAUCUCUUUCCCCAACACAGAUACCUCAGACUACGAGAAUGUUCCUGCUAUCAGCUCGGACUAUGAAAACCUUCAGGUCCCACAGCGCAGGCCAGUUCGGCAAGGGCCAUUCACUGCUUUCUUUGAUCGUCCUACACGGGUGCUUACAUCCGCCAAUGAGACAGAUGGUUAUGUGGACAUGAGCAGCCUCCCUGGGUUUGAGAGGAAAACUCAGUCAUCUGAGCAGGAAGCAGAAAGUGCCUACACAGAAGCCUACAAUGUGUGUUCGUUGGCCGUUGGUCCACAGGCUGGUUUAGUGGUUGAUGUCAAGGGAGAGACGGCAGCUGAUGAAGACCAAGGACGCACCUCUGAGGAAGAAGACGGAGGUGGAGACAGUAAUUAUGACAGACAGCCUGACGGUCGAUCCCGAGCCUUUUACAUCGCCAAAGAACUGGUGGAUACCGAGAGAGUGCACGUGAAAGCCCUCAAGCUUCUCCAGGAAGACUUUCGAGAGGCGGUUGUGGCAGCAGUUGGGGAUGAGGGGGAGCCUGUGUUGGAGGAAGAAAGGCUUUGGGAGAUUCUCAAUGAGCUGCCUGAUGUUUACACCCUGCACCGCAGAAUCCUCACCGAGCUGGAGAAUCGAAUUCGACACUGGGAGGAAAGCCAAAGGAUUGCAGACAUCUUCCUGUCCAGGAAAGCAGUGUUCUUGGUCUUUACGACUUAUAUUGGUCACUAUGACAGAAGUAUGAACCUGCUGGAGGAAAGCUGCCGAACUUCACCUGCCUUUGCGGCCAUCGUUCACCAGUUUGAGCAGAGUCCAGCUGGGGAAAAGGUUUCUCUCAAACAUCAGCUCUUGCAGGUCAUUGUACGUGUGGCUCAGUACCGCAUGCUCCUGACUGAUUACCUGAACAACCUUUCCCCUGAUUCUAAGGAGUAUGAAGACACCCAAGCUGCUGUCGUGAUCGUGUCCGACAUUGCAGAUCAAGUGAAUGACAGUUUAAAAGAUGGGGAGAACUUGCUGCGUCUGGUCAACAUAGAGUACAGUGUUCGUGGCCAGCGGGAACUGCUGCAGCCUGGCAGGGUUUUUGUGAAGGAGGGCACCCUGAUGAAGGUCAGCAGGAAGAGUCGACAGCCUCGUCAUCUGUUUUUGAUGAACGACAUGUUGCUCUACACCUACCCUCAGCAGGAUGGGAAAUACAGACUGAAAAACACUCUGUCACUCACCGAGCUGAAGGUCAGUAAACCUAUCAUAGAAGAUGUCCAAAAUGCACUGAGGAUUGAAGGAACAGACAUCUCCAUCACUUUGUCUGCAAGUUCCUUCAUCGAAAGAGAGGACUGGUUUUACACUUUGAGCCGUGCCGUAACUGAACAUACCAGAGGAUCUGUAGCAUUCAACAGCAGCCCAGGAGAGGCCAGAGAUCGUCUGCGGCUGUCUUUAGGAGAGAAAGCUCCUACACUUGUUCCAGUGUCCCAAGUGAUGAUGUGUAUGAAUUGCACCUCAGAUUUCAGCCUCACUCUUCGUAGACACCACUGCCAUGGCUGCGGCAGGAUUGUUUGCCGGAGCUGCUCGAGGAACAGAUAUCCACUGAAAUACAUGAAGGACCGUAUGGCCAAAGUGUGUGACCACUGUUACAACGAGCUAAAGAAGAGAGGGGGAGACAUGUCUGUGUCAGGUAAGAACAGCCCACGGUUGAACAGGUCCAGUCGUCCACUCUCUGCUGUGUUCCAAAACAUUCAUCCUCCCAACAUUUGGAGACAUCGGAAAGGCACCAUGUCCUUCAACCAGAUGACGGUGUCAGAGGAGGGCUCCAUUAGUGGCAGUCUACAUCGCAGCAAGAAGAGCAAGAGAAACUGGAAGAGAUUGUGGUUCCUCCUAAAAGACAAGGUGCUUUACACCUACAGAGCCCAAGAGGAGAAGGUAGCUUCGGAGAGUCUGCCUUUGUUGGGUUUCACAGUGAAGCUGCCAGACCAGCAACGGGGAGAGGAGGAGGCCAACGUCUUCCAGCUUUACCACAAACACACUUUAUAUUACACCUUUAAAGCAGAGGACAACCACACAGCCCAGAGGUGGGUAAAUGCCAUGGAGGAGGCCACAGUUUUAUAGGUCCAGCUACGCUGGUGAGUCACUGAAAACAGAAGUCUGCUGCCUUUCACAACAAGGAAAAAGACCAAAUGUGAAACCAAAAAAGGAAGAUAAGGAAAUAAACACAUUUCAUAUGUCUGCAAGUUGUAACUUCCCUGGCUGAACUGAAGAAAAGGACACAAUCACCUACUUUGUCAACCUCCAGUGUCCCCUGCCUGCUGUUACAGCAGGUGUGAUGCUGAGAGCCACGAGAGGCGUUGGCCCAGAUACCUGCCGGUGUGGAACAUUACAUUGAUGUGACCUGUAUUUCCCCCAGCAGUUGAUCAGCCAAGCUCCUCCAAACUGUGGAAAACAGUGUGGAUUAUUUUCACUGUUUAGAAGAGAAAGAUUAAUUUCAACAAUCAUACAGAGCUGAUUUUAUUGUAAUUUUCAGGGGGAAAACCUAAUAUUUGGGCAUUCCCCUCAGAAAUAAGCUGACCACCAGUUAAAAAUUAAUUAGCUAUGCCUCCAUUUCUUCAGUCUUCUUCCACUGGAUUAAAUUCAUCUCUAUGACUAAUACUUUGAAGCACAGGCUGUACCUAAUUUUAUAUACAUAGAAAUGUCUGUAGCUUUGCUAUGUACUGUAGUGUUGGAGAUGGUUCUUCCAGUAAAUUAACUUCUUUGCUUUUUUGCACUGAUAUAAAAAGGAAUAAACCUGAAAAUGAAAGUGUACCUUCACAAAAUUAAUUUACAUAAUAUACAUUUUGAUUUGGACAAAUAUGUCUUUAUUGUUUUAAGUGCUUUUAACAAGUAUAAUGUAAAUUCAUGUUUAUAUAAAGGCACAGUCAGCCUGGACUGAUUUUGCAGAUCUACAUUAUCAGUGUCUUGGACUUUCUAUUGUACUUGAUGAUGAUUUAUUAAGUUUAUUUCUAACACUAUUUUGAAACCAAGUAAA